UAUUAAGAGAUGUUAAUUAAGAGACGCUGAUCUUCAUUUCAAUUUCAAGUUCAUUCUCUGCGAGGAAGAAGCUCCACACACGGCGGAUAUCGUUAGCCUCUCGCUUUGAUUUUCCCCCUUCUCUCUUUUGUUUCUGGUAAUUCUUCAGCCUCCAGGGAAAAGUGAAUUCCUUAUGGACCAUGGUGGGCAUUUAAUGCUUGAAACUGUUUGAAAGUCUUGGAGCACAUCAUACUGGCAAACAAAAACAUGAUGAGAAAAACUCGUGUCAGAAUCCUAUAAUACUACAGUUAUUAUCUGUCCAUGACAAGGAUCAUCCAGAUGAUGAAGCUCCAAUAAAUCAAGAACUGGAACCUGACUGCAAGGGAUCAGACAUAGGGCAGACGUAUCAGAACCUACUUUGAAAGAAGAUUCUGAUAUUAGAGAUGUGCAACAUACUUGUGAUGCACCAAUAGUUGAGAAGAAGGCCUUGGUUCUAUCAGACGAAGACCAUCCACUGAAAGGAGCUGUUGCAAGAGGAAAGUGUAAAAGGUAUUUCAGAAUCCAUUAUGUCAUCUACCUCAGAAGCAAUAGACAUAGUUGAGCAGAAUGUUUUGGUUCCAUCAGACAUGGAUACAGAAAAAUUGCAGCUGCAACAAGAGGAAAGUGCAGCAGGUCUUUCAGUAUCCCUUCCAGCAUCUACCUCAAGAGCAACACCCAUAGUUGAGGAGGCUGCAGUUCCAUCAGAAAAGGAUCCAGAGAGAUUGCAACCACAACAAGAGGAGAGCUUAGCAGGUCUUCCAGAAUCCAUUCCAUCAUUUACCUCAGAAGCAAUACCCAUAGUUAAACAAAAGGCUAUGGUUUCAUCAGACAAGGAUCCAGAGAAAUUGCAGCCACAACAAGAGGAGAGGGUAACAGGGCUUUCAGAAUCUAUUCCAUCAUUUACCUCAGAAGCAAUACCCAUAGUUGAACAAAAGGCUAUGGUUUCAUCAGACAAGGAUCCAGAGAAAUUGCAGCCACAACAAGAGGAGAGGGUAACAGGGCUUUCAGAAUCCAUUCCAUCAUUUACCUCAGAAGCAAUACCCAUAGUUGAACAAAAGGCUAUGGUUUCAUCAGACAAGGAUCCAGAGAAAUUGCAGCCACAACAAGAGGAGUGGGUAACAGGGCUUUCAGAAUCCAUUCCAUCAUUUACCUCAGAAGCAAUACCCAUAGUUGAACAAAAGGCUAUGGUUUCAUCAGACAGGGAUCCAGAGAAAUUGCAGCCACAACAAGAGGAGAGGGUAACAGGGCUUUCAGAAUCCAUUCCAUCAUUUACCUCAGAAGCAAUACCCAUAGUUGAACAAAAGGCUAUGGUUUCAUCAGACAAGGAUCCAGAGAAAUUGCAGCCACAACAAGAGGAGAGGGUAACAGGGCUUUCAGAAUCCAUUCCAUCAUUUACCUCAGAAGCAAUACCCAUAGUUGAACACAAGACUCCAAUUCCAUCUGACAAGGAUCCAACAAACUUACAGCAGCAGCAACAGGAAAGAGUGGCAUGUCUUCCAGAAUCCAUUCUAUCGUCUAACUCUGAAGCAAGAGCCAGUGAUGAUUUGCAGCAAUCUGUAGAAAGUGAUUCUGUUCCCAGUACUCAUCUUCAACCAAAUGGCACUUCUAAUGGACAUGCACUUGAGCAGUAUUCCAGUGUUCAAUCAACCAAUAAACCAGACAUAUUGGAGCCAUUGGAAAAGGAAAAUGUAACAGGCCUUGCAGUGUCCAUUUCAUCAAGCACCUCCAGAGCAAAACCGGAUGCCGCUUUGCAGCAAUCUCAAGAAGACAGUUUUGCUACGAGCUCCCAUGUUAAUGUAAUUGUACCUACUGCUUCAUCCCCAGGGGUGAAUGAUGCUGAGAAUGACCAUCAUCUAGUGCCAUCCAAUAAGUCUCAUCAGCAAAAGGCUGAAGUUUCCGGAGAUGCCUUUAAUAUAACAGAGCCUGCUGACCCUUCUAAGCAUCUAAAGAAGGUCAAUGUAAACAGAGUUCUGAUAGAUACAGCAGCACCUUUUGAAUCUGUCAAAGCUGCUGUUUCGAAAUUUGGGGGAAUUGUUGAUUGGAAGGCACAUAGAGUCCAUACUGUAGAGAAACGCAAGCUUAUAGAAGAGGAACUAGAGAAAGCAAAGGAAGAGAUUCCAAUUUGUAAGAACCAGUUUCUUGAUGCUGAAGAUUCAAAAAAUCAUGUAUUAAAAGAUCUAGACAGUACCAAGAGACUCAUUGAAGAAUUGAAACUCAACCUUGAGAGAGCACAGAUAGAAGAGCAACAGGCAAAACAGGAUGCUGAACUUGCAAAGCUCAGGGUAGAAGAGAUGGAGAAAGGAAUUGCUGCUGAGGCUAGUGUGGCAGCAAAGGCACAGCUUGAGGUUGCCCGAGCAAGGUGUACAGCUGCUGUUUCACAGCUGAAAAGUGUGAAUCAUGAACUAGAAGAACUUAGUAAAGAUUUUGCUUUAUUAGCAUCUGAGAGAGACCUAGCUGUUAAGCGAGCCGAGGAGGCUGUUUUUGCCGCAAAAGAAGUUGAGAAGACAGUGGAAGAACUGACAAUUGAAUUGAUCACCACAAGGGAAUCUUUGGAGUCCGCACAUGCUGCCCAUCUGGAGGCAGAGGAACAAAGAAUUGGUGCACUUUUGGCAACAGAACAAGAUACUCACAAUUGGGAGAAGGAAUUGAAGGAGGCAGAAGAAGAGCUAGAGAGGCUAAAUCAGCAUAUUUUGUCAGCAAAAGAUCUCAAAUCAAAACUAGCUACUUCUUCAGCACUGCUUGCAGAUUUGAAAAUUGAAUUAGGAGCUUAUAUGGAAUCAAAAGUGCCGCAGGAAAAUGAUGAAGAAUCUCAUGCACAAGGCCAGACAGAUGAACUGGAGAAGAGAACACACUCUGAAAUAGAAGCAGCAGUUGCUUUGGCCAACAAGGAACUUGAAGAAGUGAAGCUCAACCUUGAGAAAUCCAUUAAUGAGGUUAAUUGCUUGAAGGAGGCAGCCAUGGCAUUAAAGUCUGAGCUAGAAAUAGAAAAAUCAGCACUUGCUGCCAUUAGGCAGAGAGAAGGGAUGGCGGCAAUAGCAGUUGCGGCCCUUGAAACAGAGCUGAGCAAGACUAAAUCCGAGAUUGCUACUGUUCGGUUGAAAGAAAAAGAAGCAAGACAGAUGAUGGUGGAUCUACCCAAGCAAUUACAGCAGGCAGCCGAAGAUGCAGAUCAGGCCAAGUCACUUGCUCAAAUGGCUCGUGAGGAUUUGCACAAGGCAGAGGAAGAAGCAGACCAUGCAAAAGCUGGAGUAAGCAUCUUGAAGAGUAGGCUAGUAGCGGCUGAAAAGGAGAUCGAAGCUGCUAGAGCUUCAGAAAAGUUGGCAUUAUCAGCAAUAAAAGCUCUGAAAGAGAGUGAAUCAGCUCACAGCCAUGACAACUCACCUGCCGGAGUAACGCUUUCUGUGGAGGACUACUAUGAACUCAGCAAGCAGGCCCAUCAUGCAGAGGAGCUGGCUAACGAGAGGGUGGCCACUGCCGUCCUCCAUGUCGAGGCAGCCAAGGAAUCUGAAUCCCGAACCUUGAAAAAGUUAGAGGAAUUUGUCCGUGAAAUGGCUGCACAAAAGGAAGCAUUGGAAAUAGCAAUGCUGAAGGCUGAGACGGCCCAGGAAGGGAAAUUGGGUGUCGAACAGGAACUGAGAAAAUGGAGAGCUGAGAAUGAGAAACGACGAAAAGCCAGCGAGUCCAAUCAAGGAGCAGUGAACCCAAAUAAGAGCCCAAGGACAAGCUUUGAGGAGACGAAAGAAACCAAGAACUUUAUCCAUGCGCCAGAUGCUUCCCUACCUGUCCAGCACCAUGGAUUAAUAAGCCAGAAGGACUACUACGCACCUGCAAAUAACACUGAAACUGAUUCUUCUCCGGAUGUUAAGACUACGAAGAAAAAGAGGAGAUCGUUCCUCCGGAUCUUCAUGUUCUUGACCAGGAAAAAGUCACACUCAAACAAGUCAAAGUAAUACGCCAUUGGUACUGUACAAUACACGCUAUCAUUGGCCUUAUAUAUAUUCUUGGUCUUUUUUUUUUGGCUAUAAUUUCAUGAUCUGGGAACAUGGCUAGGAUGUUCUCUACUGUACAUGUUGAGUACAUUUUCUGUAUGAUAAGUUGUUUCCCUUUUUCCUUUUUUUGUGAUAGGAGUUGAGUGGUUGGUUGCUCGAAAGGAAUUGAUGUAAUAAAGUUUGUGUUUGGUGCUUUAUUUGGUUUGCGAAAGAGAGAUAAUAAGGAGGUUUUGUA